AUGUCAAAUAAACGCCAUAGGUUUGUAGUGGGUGUGGACUUUGGCACGACCUACUCUGGGCUAGCAUAUAUUCACACAUCAAACCCCGACUACAGGGGUAUAGAGGUGAUCACCAGCUGGCCAGGUCGGGGAAACACCAACUAUGACAAAGUCCCCACCGAAAUUAGCUAUUCAAACAACGGCACAACUUGGGGCUAUGAUAUUCCCGCGGGCGAGCUCCGCCAUGGUUACUUUAAGCUUGCCCUAGAUGCGAACGCCGCAGCAACAAAGUACGACAACCCCCGACUGGCCGCAUCGAACCCCCAAUCCAUGGAACGCUCGUACGCAAACAUUCCGUUGCCCGCAGGAAAGACUGCAGUAGAAACCACGACGGAUUACCUCAAACUGUUGUACACGCAUCUUAUGAAGACACUGAGCGAAAGAGACAUCCAUACACUGGAUAAUACGCCGGUUCAAUUCGUUUUGACGACGCCGGCAAUAUGGAGUCACGAGGCGCAGAACGCAACCUGUCAAGCAGCGAGGGAUGCUGGAUUUACAUCGAGAGCUGGGGAUACAUUGACAAUGGUUUCAGAACCUGAAGCUGCGGCAUCCUAUUGUCUUAAGGAGAUUUACCACGAACGCUCUGAUACCUGUAGCCCUCUCGAGCCAGGUGAGCGAGUCGUUAUUUGCGAUGCCGGGGGCGGGACAGUGGAUUUGAUAACCUACACGGUUGAGAAGGUGCGUCCUAAAUUAAGCUUAUACGAAGCCGCUAUAGGUUCUGGUGGGAAAUGUGGGUCGGUUGCGGUAGACAGAGCGUUCCUUAGCCUUUUAGAAUCCCGCAUUGGACCCAUAUUUAGGGGGUGGGCCGCUCGAAAGACUGCGCCACAGAGCUCCCUUAUGACUACAUUCGACAUGGCAAAGAAAGGGUUUGGAACGACGGCUCGUACAGACUUCUGGCGGAUCCCCGUUGGGUAUGUGAGAGAUGAUCCCGAAAAUGGGAUUGUGGAUGGAGAAUUGAGAUUGACGGUGGCCGAUAUGAAGAGCUUGUUCGAUCCGAUCGUCGAGCAGGCAAUCUCCCUAUUAGAUCAGCAGGUCCGGGAUUCUAACAGAUUGGAUCCUACAAAUAAAAUAUCUACAAUCUUCCUGGUUGGCGGCUUCGGCGAAUCUGGGUAUCUCUUUAAACAAGUGCAGGCUUGGGCCAAGCGACAGUCCUACAACAUCCGAGUCAUCAAUCCCACCUUUUGCUGGUCUGCUGUGGUCCGGGGCGCAGUUCUCCAUGGCCUCGAGGGCAUAGUCCAUACACGGAAGCUGAAGCAACAUUACGGCGUAAUAAUAGCCAAAAGAUUUGAAGCGGGUGUACACGACGAAGAAGAUUCCUUCGUAGAUCCUUAUUACGGGACAAAAUACAGCCGGGAUAACGUUGAGUGGCUAGCAACAAAGGGCGAUGAUGCCAGCGAUGAAAAAGUAAUUUCGAUACCCUGCGGGGUCUCCUUCCGCCCGGGUGAUGGACAGAGGGUAAAACUCUCCCUCGUAGGAUGCAAAUUUGACAGUCCGCCUCUGAGUGCUAAGCACUGGAUGGUGGAUACGUUGGGGACGGUCACCUGUGACGUGACUACGAUGCCACCGUCAGCGUUCCAAGUCAGGAAAUCCGUAUUAUUAUUUUUCUUUCAAGACCCGGUUUCGAGGGCCAGUUUCAGUGUCGACAUGAAGGUUGGGUCAGCCGAUUUGGAGCUGGACUUGGUGUAUGAUGGGAAGUCGUAUGGGAAAGCAACGAUUGAAUAUUAGAGUCCUUGUGGAGAUAUAUGUGGUAUUGGUUGUGAAGCCAAUACCGGAUGUUUUUUGGGUAUGAAUGCGCGCCGAGCUGCGUUUAGGACUCUUGAUACUGAGUGGUAAUCGGUGUACUAGCGUGGUGUGCUGGAAGAUAUAAUUUAUUAGAUUCU